AUGGAGAAGCGAAAUCCGUCUCCCACCGUCUCCGACACCGAAAAGUCCGUCGAUGCCCACGAGAAGGACGAUGUGAAAGUUCAAGUCUACAAUGCUGGCUUGGAUGUUAGCGGAGUCGACGAGAAAAAGCUAAUUCGGAAGAUCGACUACGCUCUCAUCCCAUGGCUGUCGUUCCUAUACCUUCUCAGUUUCCUCGAUCGUACUAGCAUCGGAAACGCCAAGUUGUAUCACCUCGAACGCGACCUCAACAUGACUGAUAGGCAAUACCUAUUGACUCUCACGAUUUUCUUCUUCAGCUACGCAAUCUUCGAAGUACCGUCCAAUGUCUUUCUGAAACGUCUUAGGCCAUCCCUUUGGCUGUCUUUCUUGAUGCUGUUCUGGGGUGUCAUGAUGACACUCCAAGGUAUCGUUCGCAACUUCCCGCAGCUUAUGGCUAUGCGAUGGCUGCUCGGGAUGUUCGAAGCAGGAUUAUUCCCAGGAGUCAACUACUAUCUCUCAUGUUGGUACAAACGCUCCGAGUUCGGACUCCGCGCAGCGAUCUUCUUCUCCGCCGCGACAGUAUCAGGCGCCUUUGGUGGACUUCUUGCGGCCGCAAUCUCAAAGAUGGAAGGAGUUGGGGGCAAACCAGCAUGGGCAUGGAUCUUCAUCCUCGAAGGCCUCGCUACAGUCGUAGCCGGAGUAGCAUCCUUCUGGAUCAUUCAAGACUUCCCGGAUACUGCCAAGUUCCUUUCAGAGGCGGAGCGCACCGUCGUCAUUCGCCGACUACAAGGCGAUGACCAGUUCAGCGCUGCUGGGGAGAAUUUCAGAUUCCAGUACAUCUUGAAGAGCUUGACGGACUGGAAGACCUGGAUUGGAAUGUGCAUCUACAUAGGCUGCGAUAUGCCGCUCUAUGCAUUCUCCCUCUUCUUGCCGACGAUUAUCAAUGAGCUGGGUUACACGGCCACGCCAGCGAACCUUUUGACCGUUCCUGUUUAUACCUUUGCUUGCAUCAUUACUUGCGGUGUUGGCUUCAUCGCAGAUAGGUUGGGUCGCCGGGGAUACUUCAAUAUCGGGUUCUUAUUCAUUGGCGCUGCUGGCUACAUUAUCUUGAUCUCGUCGAGAAGCGCAGCCCUUUCAUAUUUCGCCGUGUACAUGGCCACUUGUGGAAUAUAUCCAGUCAUUCCUAAUACGAUUUCGUGGGUGUCGAACAACGUCGAAGGGUCUUACAAGCGUAGCGUUUCGUUGGCAAUGGUCAUCAGCUUUGGAAACAUCAACGGUGCCGUAAGCUCCAAUGUCUAUCGUGCCAACGACAGGCCCUGGUACAUUCUCGGACAUGGUCUCGUCUUGAUGUACAUUGGCAUCGGGAUUAUCGCCUCGACUUCGUAUCUCCUCUUUUUGAAGCGCGAGAAUGCAGUCCGCGACCGAGGAGAGCGAGAUGAAGUUAUUGAGAAUCAACCAGAGACACACGACGCAAAGAAUGAGAAGAAUGGCCGCUAUGCGACUAUUGAGGAGGCGAAACGACGCAAAGGCGAUAAAUGGAGUGGUUAUAGGUACACUCUCUAG